AUGAUUGAAUCCCUCAUCAGCGUCGUCUUCUACAUCUCCACAGCGGUGACACUAUUACUGUUCCUACUUCCUUCAAGAUACGUUCCGAGACGGUCCGGCAGUACAAACAAGGAUGCUUUCAAUGCGCCCAAAACGACGACGCAGAUUCUGGUUCUCGGCGACAUCGGCCGCAGCCCGCGCAUGCAGUACCAUGCUCUGAGUAUCGCGAGGGGAGGAGGCCAGGUGGACAUAAUCGGUUACAAUGAAUCAGAAGUGCAUCCCGACAUCUCGUCCAAUCCUAGAAUAUCCAUCACCGCCCUUCCGCCGCACCCGACCUUCCUGCAAACAAGUAAUAAGCUCCUCUUUCUGCUCUUUGGUCCGCUCAAAGUAGCCUUCCAGAUUCCUCCGCCCCGCCCAAGAGCCUCUUCUGCUGUGCCGUAUCGUCUUGCUAAAGUUGGCCCAAUGCAGAACCCGCCUUCCAUACCUACGUUGGCAAUUGCAUCCAUGGUAUCUUUCCUCCGGCAUACCAAGUUGAUUAUCGACUGGCAUAACUUUGGGUACACCAUUUUGGCGCUCAAACUUGGGGAUAGACACCCACUUGUGCGAUUUUCCAGAUGGUAUGAGAAGAGCUUCUGUAGAUACGCCACAGCGCACUUCUGUGUUACAGAAGCCAUGGCUUCCGUUUUGAAGUGCGAUUUUCGCCUCACAGCCCCCUUACUGCCCUUGCAUGACCGGCCAGCAAGUCAUUUUCAGCCCAUCUUGGAUGAAAGCGAGCGGAAGAGUUUCCUCGAGUCUUUGCCAGAAACAGCCUCGGUGCAGCACCUGCUCCAGGCCGGGUCCCUCCGUGUACUAGUCAGUUCGACAUCCUGGACAGCCGACGAAGACUUCUCGUUACUCAUUGACGCACUCUGCCGGUAUUCGAACCUGGCAACGACCAGCAAGCCUGGAUUACCCCCUGUUCUGGCCAUUAUUACUGGGAAGGGGCCUCAGAAGGAAAUGUACCUGAAGCAAAUAUCAAGGCUUCAAGAGGCGGGCAAGCUCGCCAAGGUCACAAUCCGCACCACAUGGUUAACCACAGGCAACUAUGCACGCCUUCUGGCGUCUGCUUCACUGGGAAUCAGCCUACACACCAGUAGCAGUGGUGUCGAUCUGCCCAUGAAAGUGGUUGACAUGUUCGGUGCCGGAUUACCCGUGCUUGGCUGGAAUCGUUUUCAAGCCUGGCCUGAGCUAGUAACCGAAGGUGUAAACGGUAUGGGUUUUGGAAGCUCCAGUGAGCUCCUAGACCACCUUGUUGAUCUGUUUGAGAACCCAAGUAAGCUCGAGAAGAUCCGUACUGGUGCUCGCAAAGAGAGUGAUCGUCGUUGGAAUGACGAAUGGGAUCCUAUAGCUGGCAAACUUUUAGGCCUCGCAUAA